GGGCGAGUGCCAAGGCGACCAGCAGUGUGCUCAGCCACCCGCGCGCCUCCUCCCUCGACAGGCUCUCCCACCAGCAGCCAUAUAAGCCGGCCGCGCCCUUCCAUCCCUGCAGGCAGGACCGUUGUCAUUCUAACACACGCUAGCUCCAGGCUCGAGCUCCCCGUCGACCGCGUCGACCGUUCCUCCUUCAAGUUCCCCUUUCAUUCACCCGCACGCACUGGCAACCUGAAGUGCACGUCGCACCCCCGCACCACCCCGCCGCGCUCUCCUGCCCAACUCAGUGACCGCCCCGUUCCCCGGCUCGCGAGACGAGACCCUACUUUCUAGUCUUCAUCCCCAACUAGCAGACAGACGCCAUGCCGGACUCCAUCGUUCUGAGCCUUCAAAUCGACCAGCCUCCCCCGGAGCAGGUGCCCUACCAGCUCUCGAGCUACAUCUCCAUAGAGGCCUGGCAAGCCCGCCUCCGCGCCGUCACCCGCAAAGGCUCGCGCUACAUCAACCCGCGCUUUGACAUCGCAUGGGGCGUCAUGACCUUCAUCGCCACGUUCGCCGUCCCUAUCGCCAUGUUCUACGUCAUGCUGCGCAUGCUCCCGCUCAAAGGAACACUCGAUACGACCUUCGACCUCCUCCACGCCGAGGCCAAUCGCGCCUGGGAGGCGCGCGGCGUCAGCUUCGCUGUCCUCAUCGGGGUCAUCCUCCUCAUGUGGUUCCCGAUGUGGCUCUUCAAGGCCUCCGGUAAGAAACAGGUGAACAGGAUGCUUGAGCGGUUCGAGCAAGAGGACCGCGCCGUCCGCCCGGGCGUCGAGCUCCCGAUCUACCGGAUCUCGCGCCCGCGGUUCAUGGGCACCUCCAUCAUAUUGAACAUAACAGUACCCGGCGCCGCACAGCCCAGCUCCUUCGCCUUCGGAGCGCCUCUCCCACGGUACGUCGUCAACGGGCCUAUGGACCCCUCCGCGGCCGCGUACAGCUACGGCCAGCCGAGCUACGGCCAGCCGCCGGUCACCAUGCCGGGCACGCCGGUGCCGCUGUACAACCAGUUCGACGAGAAGAUCCCCGCGUACUCGGCGCCCGCGCCGGGGCUGUAUAUGCCCGACGACGAGAAGCACGAGCGCGAGAACCGCGUAUGAUCGUGCACUCCUCCCGCCAGCGAAAAUCGGACUGUUCCCUGUUCCCCGUUCCCUGUUCACGUUCAUGUCCUUGUUCUUCCGUAUCCGCUCACGAGGACCCUUACCGUGCGCGCGCGAUGUAUGUAGUCUGGUUGCCCGUCCAUGUUCGCUCUGUUCUGUAUGUAGCGUCUUCCCCUUCCCCCCACUCGCUUGCCACGUCGUCCGCUGUUCGUCACCCGCCUGGUAGCUCGGCCGUCGGUAGCGGGCGGUCCUCCGAGUCGUUGUGUAGAGCAUCAUCACUCCGACCUGGGCAUGUGCUUCAUUUGUGCAAUUACAAUUCUGGUGUUCGGCCGGCU